CCGUUAAUAGGGUCUGUUUUUACGCUAAAAGUUCAAGUGAAUGACAUCAUCAGUCAUCAGUACCUGCGACAAGCAGUUGUAGAAGUGUUUGUUAACUACACGAAGACAAAUUCUACUCUCACUGGAAACAAUGGAGCAGUAUUAAUAAAAGUUCCCUACAAAUUGGGAUUAAGCUUAACUAUCGUAUCAUACAAGGAUGGCUACAUGUUAACACCUUUGCCUUGGAAGACUGGGAGAAUGCCAAUAUACUCAUCUGUGACGCUUUCAUUAUUCCCACAAAGUCAAGCUAAUAUAUGGCUGUUUGAAGAUACUGUCUUAAUUACUGGAAAACUGUCUGAUGCCAAAUCUCAACCAAGUGUUCAGUUUCCAAAAUUUUUAAUAAAGCUUCCAACAAAUCACCAUAUUACAAAUAUUACAGCCUAUCUGACAGUGCCAGAGCAAUUUUUGAAAGUGGACAGCUUUCUCUAUACAACAGGCAUUCUUUUAAAUAAAUCAGGUUUCAAAAGCAUGGAAUUAGCUCCUCUUGCUGCAAUAUGUGUAAACGUUCUUUUGACUGGGAAAGAACUGAAAGUAAGUGGUCCCAUUCAGAUUACACUUCCUCUUCCCACAAGUGCUGUAAAAUCAGGAGAUGCUAUACCUGCAUGGACAUUCGAUAUGAAAGCUGGUGCUUGGGUAAGCCGUGGGCUAGGAAUGGUAAAGGAAGCAGAUGGUCAAUUAGUAUGGACAUAUACUGCUCAACACUUAGGAUACUGGAUAGCAGCUCCACUGCCUGGAACAAGAGAAUCCAUUAUUAGUGCAGUUUCCAAGGACAUAACAGCCUAUCACACAGUGUUCCUUACAGCCAUACUGGGAGGUACUGUUGUCAUUAUCAUUGGAUUUUUUGCUGUUCUUCUUUGUUACUGCAGGGAUAAAUGUGGUCGGACACAAAAGAAGGAAAAAAAUACAACUAAGCUGGAGGUCAUAAAAAAAGACCAGACAACAUCAACAACUCACAUAAAUCACAUCAAUGCUGUCAAGGGGUCUUCGAAGUUGGAGGAUAAGUCACAGUUAUAUACACCGAAGAUUUCUUCAUACAGCCCUCAAAGAAGGAUGUCCAUAGACGUGGAAGAUGGAAAAUCACGAGACAAUUUUAAAAUCUACACAGAGGAUGCUUCUUAUCAGUCAGCCUGUCAGACUGGUCAGUCAAGAAAUUCAGCACAUUCAUUGGAGCCUAAUGCUGGAGUUAGGCACUUACAGCAGCCAAAGCAUAGUAACAGUACUAUUUCCCAGGCUCCUAGGGACAUUCAAGACCAAAACAGAUACCUUUCACUGAAAGAGGAGAUGUAUGGGCUUUCCCAUAUCCCAGAACAUCUAAUGCAUAUUUACAAUCAACCUAUUGCUAUUCUUCAAACCUCUGACCUUUUCCACUCCCCAGAACAACUGCAUCCUGCGAAAUCAGCAACUUUGCCAAGAAAAGGGCAGUUAGUAUAUAGCCCCAUGAUGGAACCCAUGAAUCGUGACAAUUACAUGCAAACGUUACCAAAAAUGCCAGUGCACUCUCAUCCACAGCCUUCUGUCUGCAGAGAUGAAAACAGUACACUAGAUAGUGAAGAGGGCUUACCUUCUCAAACGUCAAACUGGGGCCGGUACACUAAUAGCUUACUGGAAUCUGUCUCUGUUCCUGGGACAUUGAAUGAAGCAGUUGUAAUGACUCCGUUUUCAUCUGAACUUCAAGGUAUUUCAGAACAAACAUUGUUGGAACUCUCUAAAGGAAAACCAUCUCCGCACCCUCGAGCAUGGUUUGUGUCCCUGGAUGGAAAGCCAAUUGCUCAAGUGAGGCAUUCUUUCAUAGAUCUGAAAAAGGGCAGAAAGACAGAGAGUAAUGAUACCAGUCUGGACUCUGGUGUGGACAUGAAUGAACAUCAUCCUAGUAGGAAACUGGAGAGAGAGAAAACUUUCAUAAAGAAUAUGCCGCAUUCUAAAAUCCUUUACUUGGAAGAUCUGGAUCUGAGUAGCAGUGAAAGUGGGACCACUGUUUGCACUCCAGAGGACCAGGCUGUGAGGCACAUUCUGGAUGGAGGGAAUGGGCCAGUCAUAGAACACGAUGAAGAAGGUCUAAGAAGAAAAACUGUAUCAGGAAGUCAUGAAUCUGGUAUCCCUUCUGCUAAAAAAAGGGAUAGACCGUCUAUCGUGAAAAGAGAUAGCAAAACCAAUAUCUGGAAAAAAAGAGAGGAGAGGCCGCUUAUUCCUAUAAAUUAAAACACAAUGUGCUUUGUGGUGUUGCCCUCCCUGCUGGUUAUUGACCUCUUGGCUGCUUCUGUAGUUUUGCAGUGUUGGGUUUACAAGGGAAAUGUUGUUUCUAGUAUCAAGAAAAGUCACAUUUUUU